AUGCUGCAGAAUGGGAUUGACUUAAGCACUGUUGAUGUUAGCUAUGUCAGUAGCCGCUCAUGGUACUUUCUUAAUCUGUUUGGAUUAAGAGGUUUGUUUAGUCUCAUUCUGGGAGAAGAAAAUGCAAUGGAUGAUACUCAACGUAUGAUGCAAAUGAGUGGGUUUGGUUUUGAUCCAUCAAAGAGCUUGGGCGCUGAGAAGGACAGUCUUGACAUAGUCCAGCAUGAUUGGGCCUUACCAAAAUUUGAGCACCGUGCUGAAGCAGUGUUGAAGAAACUUGCCAUUUGA